GACCGGUGGCGCUCGAGCCGACCGACGCGCCGUUCGUGUCGAGCCGGGUCGCGCGGCUCUGCUGCCGCCGCUGAAUCAGCGCCAGAAAUAGCGCCGCUGCCGGCAGAGGGGCGGCCCGUGAGCUGGAGUCGGCAGCCGUGAGUGGGAGCGAGACAGCGGCGGAGUGAGGCGAGUGGCAGUGAGAGACGGCGGCGGUGUGUGCGAGCCGACCGAUCCGACCGAACCAGAGCCACAGGAGGAUCCCUGCCAGGGCGGGCGCUGAGGCGGAGCUGAGGUCGGCUCGGUCGGCCACGCCGUCACCAUGACGACCGACAUCGGCGUGCCGCGAUGGGACCCCGUCACCAACCAGGACAUGGGCGACGAUAUGGAGUACGACGGAGGAAACUCAUCGUCGCGGCUCUUCGAGAGGUCGCGCAUCAAGGCCCUUGCAGGCGAACGAGAGAAUGUACAGAAGAAGACGUUUACCAAGUGGGUGAACUCGCACCUGGUGCGGGUGCAGUGUCGCACCGCCGACCUCUACACCGACCUGCGGGAUGGCCGCUACCUCAUCAAACUGCUGGAGGUGCUCUCCGGAGAGCGACUGCCGCGGCCGACCAAGGGCAAGAUGCGCAUCCACUGUCUGGAGAACGUGGAGAAGGCGCUGCAGUUUCUGCGCGAGCAGCGCGUCCACCUGGAGAACCUGGGCGCACACGACGUGGUCGACGGCAACCCGCGGCUCACGCUGGGUCUUAUCUGGACCAUCAUCCUACGGUUCCAGAUCCAAGACAUCACCAUUGAGGAGACGGACUCGAAGGAGACGCGCUCGGCGAAGGACGCGCUGCUGCUCUGGUGUCAGAUGAAGACGGCCGGCUACCACAACGUCAACAUCCGCAACUUCACCACCUCCUGGCGCGACGGCCUGGCCUUCAACGCGCUCAUCCACAAGCACCGCGCCGACCUCAUCCAGUACGAGAAGCUGAGCAAGGCCAACCCGAUGCACAACCUCAACAACGCCUUCAACGUGGCCGAGAGCCAGCUGGGCCUGACCAAACUGCUCGACCCGGAGGAUGUGUGCAUGGAGCAGCCGGACGAGAAGUCCAUCAUCACCUACGUGGUUACCUACUACCACUACUUCUCCAAGAUGCGCGCCGAGACCAUCCAGUCGAAACGUAUCGGCAAGGUGGUGGGCACGCUGAUGGAGAACGACCACAUGAUCCACGAGUACGAGAGCCUCACUUCGGAGCUGCUGCGCUGGAUCCGCGAGACCAUCGAGCAGCUGGGCCAGCGCCAGUUCGCCAACUCUCUGGGCGGCGUGCAGGAGCAGCUGGUCCAGUUCAACUCGUAUCGCACCGUCGAGAAGCCGCCCAAGUUCGUCGAGAAGGGUAACCUGGAGGUGCUGCUGUUCACGCUGAAGUCCAAGAUGAUCGCCAACAACCAGCGGCCGUACACGCCGCGCGAGGGGCUCAUGAUCGCCGACAUCAACCGCGCCUGGGAAAAGCUGGAGAAGGCUGAGCACGAGCGUGAGCUGGCGCUGCGUGAGGAGCUGAUCCGACAGGAGAAGCUCGAGCAGCUGGCGGCCCGGUUCGACCGCAAGGCCGGCAUGCGCGAGACAUGGCUGUCAGAGAACCAGCGACUCGUCUCUCAGGACAACUUUGGUUUCGACCUCACUGCUGUGGAGGCGUCUGCCAAGAAGCACGAGGCUAUCGAGACGGACAUUCUGGCGUACGAGGAGCGUGUACUGGCCGUGGUGGCCGUGGCCGAGGAGCUGCAGACCGAAAACUACCACGACAUCGAGCGCAUCAACGCCAGGAAGGACAACGUGCUGCGCCUGUGGAACUACCUGCUAGAGCUGCUGCGGGCGCGCCGCAUGCGUCUGGAGCUGAGUCUGCAGCUGCAGCAGAACUUCCAGGAGAUGCUCUACAUCCUGGACAGCAUGGAGGAGCACAAGAUGCGCCUGCUCUCCGACGACUACGGCAAACACCUCAUGGGAGUCGAGGACCUCCUGUCCAAGCACGCACUCAUCGAGGCCGAUAUCAACGUGCUGGGUGAGCGCGUGAAGACGGUGGUGCAGCACUCGCGGCGCUUCGUCGACGAGGAGACGGAGGAGGGCUACCGGCCGUGCGACCCGGCCAUCGUGGUCGAGCGCGUCCAGCAGCUCGAGGACGCGUACGCGGAGCUGGUGAAGCUGGCGCUGGAGCGUCGCUCUCGUCUGGAGGAGUCGCGCCAGCUGUGGCAGUUCUACUGGGACAUGGCCGAGGAGGAGAACUACAUCCGCGAAAAGGACAACAUCCUCACGGCGGCCAACAUCGGCAACGACCUGGUCACCGUACACAUCCUGCUGGCCAAACACAAGGCGCUGGAGGACGACCUGGCGGCGCACGAGUCGCAGCUGCUGGCCAUCACCCAGGUGGGCGACGAGCUGGUCAACCAGGGUCACUUCGGCGCCGACCGGAUCCGCGGCCGCAUCGACGAGAUCGUGGACAUGUGGAACCGUCUGAAGGAGCGCGCCGAGAAGCGCCGCCAGCAGCUGGAGCAGGCCAUCGGCUACCACCAGUUCUUCGCCGACGCCGACGACACUGACACCUGGAUGCUGGACACGCUGCGGCUCGUCUCGUCAGACGACGUCGGCAACGACGAGGGCAGCGUGCAGAACCUGCUCAAGAAACACAAGGAGGUGGACGACGACAUGAAGAACUACCGUGAGACGAUCGAGCAGCUGCAGGCGCAGGCGCAGGAGAUCGGGCCCGAGUACAGGGACAGAGACGAGAUCAAGGAGCGCACAGAGAGCAUCGAACAGAGGUACAAGGAGCUGAACGAGCUGGGUCAGCUGCGCAAACAGCGCCUCCUGGACGCCAUGUCGCUCUACAAACUGUUCUCCGAGGCGCAGCGCGUCGACCAAUGGAUCACCGAAAAGGACCGCAUGCUCAACACGAUGGUACCCGGCGAGGGUAAGGACGUGGAGGACGUGGAGAUCCUGAAGCACCAGUACGAGGGCUUCGACAACGAGAUGAACGCCAACGCGAGCCGCGUGGGCGUGGUGAACCAGCUGGCCAAACAGCUGCUGCAGGUGGAGCACCCCAACAGCGAGGAGAUCGUCGCCAAACAGAGCGAGCUGAACGAGAAGUGGUCCCAGCUGCGUGACAAGGCCGAGAAGAAGAAGGAGGAACUCGAGUCUGCGCACUCGUACCAGACGUUCCACAUCGAGAUCCGCGAGACCGUCUCCUGGAUCGAGGAGAAGACCAAACUGCUGCACGAGACCAAGGAUCUGGGCUCCGACCUGGCCGGCAUCAUGACGCUGCAGCGCAAGCUGAACGGCAUGGAGCGCGACAUCGCCGCCAUCCAGGCCAAGCUGGACGACCUCGAGCGCGAGGCCAAACGCAUCGAGGACGAGCGGCCCGACGAGGCCGCCGAGAUCCGCAAGAACAUCAACCAGCUCCAGGAGCCGUGGAAGGAGAUGACGGAGCUGCUGAAGGAGCGCUACUCGAAGCUGGAGGAGGCCGGCGACCUGCACCGCUUCCUGCGCGACCUGGACCACUUCUCCGCCUGGCUGACCAAGACCCAGACCGACGUGGCCUCGGAGGAUAUUCCUCAGUCGCUGUCAGAGGCCGAGAGGCUGCUCAGCCAGCACCAGACGAUCCGCGAGGAGAUCGACAACUACAACGACGACUACAACUCGAUGAUGGAGUACGGCGAGCGCGUGACCGCCGAGGACGUCACGCCGCCCGACGACCCGCAGUACAUGUUCCUGCGCGAGCGGCUCAAGGCGCUCAAGGACGGUUGGGAGGAGCUGCACAAGAUGUGGGAGAACCGCCAGCAGCUGCUGUCGCAGAGUCUCAACUACCAGAUGUUCCUGCGCGACGCCAAGAUGGGCGAGGUGGCGCUCAGCCAGCAGGAGAACUUCCUCUCCAAGGUCGACACGCCGGCUAACCUGGAGCAGGCCGAGGAGCAGAUCAAGCGGUUCGAGGCGUUCCUCACCACCAUGGAGGCUAAUGACGAGAAGCUGAACGGCAUCCUGCAGUUCGCCAAGCGGCUCACCGAGGAGGGACACUACGCCGCCGACAAGAUCCAGAAGAAGGCCGAGAACAUCUCCGAGCGCCGCGAGAACAAUAGGGAGCGGGCUAUGCUGGAGAUGGAGCGGCUGCGCGACCAGCUGCAGCUGCACCAGUUCCUGCAGGACUGCGAGGAGCUCGGCGAAUGGAUCCAGGAGAAAUCCAUCAGCGCACAGGACGACAGCUACCGAUCCGCCAAAACCGUGCACAGCAAGUGGACGCGCCACCAGGCGUUCGAGGCAGAGAUCGCCAGCAACAAGGAUAGACUGUACCGUAUCCAGGAGUCUGGCGAGGAGCUCAUCAAGGAGAAGCCCGAAAUGCAGGAGCUGGUGCGGCCCAAAAUCUCCGAGCUGGAGGACCACUUUGACCAGCUGGAGACGGUGACCAAGCAGAAGGGCGAGCGGCUGUUCGACGCCAACCGCGCUGUGCUCUACGAACAGUCGUGUGACGACAUCGACGGCUGGGUGGACGAGCUCGAGACGCAGAUCAUGCACGGCGACGACACCAGCGACCUGGCCAGCCUCAACAUCCUGAUGCAGAAACAGCAGAUGAUCGAGACGCAGAUGGCCGUCAAGGCCAAACAGGUGACGGAGCUGCACAGCCAGGCGGAGCACCUGGAGCGGAUGGCUCCCGAGAAGGCCGACGAGGUCAAGGAGAAGAAGGAGCGCGUCCAGAAGCGCUUCGAGAGCCUGAAGACGCCGCUGCUGGACCGCCAGCAGAAGCUGACCAAGAAGAAGAACGCGCUGCAGUUCCGGCGCGACAUUGAAGACGAGAAGCUGUGGAUCGCCGAGAAACUGCCCCAGGCCAACUCGCCAGAGUUUGGCGACUCGCUGGUCAGCGUGCACAUGCUGACGCGGCGCAACCAGAGCCUGCAGAACGAGAUCUCCAACCACGAGCCGCGCAUCAACGCCGUGUGCAAGGACGGAGAGCUGCUGAUUGCCGACGGCCACGAGGACGGCGACGAGUUUGCCCAGCUGAUGGAGCAGCUCAAGGACCAGUGGCGCCAACUGCAGGACGCCAUGGAGGCGCGCAAAAACAAGCUGGCCAUCUCCGAGCGCGCCCAGCAGUACCUGUUCGACGCCAACGAGGCAGAGGCCUGGAUGUCCGAACAGGAGCUGUACAUGAUGGUGGACGACCGGGGCAAGGACGAGUUCUCCGCACAGAACCUGAUGAAGAAACACGAGUCGCUGGAGAACGCCGUGGAGGACUACGCCGAGACGGUGCGCCAGCUGGGCGAGACGGCCAAACAGCUGAUCGCAGAGGACCACCCAGACAGCCAGCAGAUUGCCGUGCGCCAGGCCCAGGUGGACAAGCUGUACGCCGGCCUCAAGGACCUGGCGUCGGAGCGGCGCGGCCGGCUCGACGAGGCGCUCCAGCUGUUCCAGCUCAACAGGGAGGUGGACGACCUAGAACAGUGGAUCGCCGAGCGCGAGGUGGUGGCCGGGUCGCACGAGCUCGGUCAGGACUACGACCAUGUCUGUAUGCUGCAGGAGCGGUUCAAGACGUUCGCCCACGAGACGGAGACGGUGGGCACGGACCGCGUGUCGGCCGUGAACGAGAUCGCAGACGGUCUGAUCGGCGCCGGCCACUCGGACGCCGCCACCAUCGCCGAGUGGAAGGACGGCCUCAACGACUCGUGGGCCGACCUGCUCGAGCUCAUCGAGACGCGCACUCAGAUGCUGGCCGCCUCCUGGGAGCUGCACAAGUUCUUCCACGACUGCAAGGACACGCUGAACCGCAUCAUGGAGAAGCAGACGGCCAUGUCGGACGAGCUGGGCCGGGACGCCGUCUCCGUGUCGACGCUGCAGCGCAAGCACCAGAACUUCCUCUCCGACCUGCAGAACCUUCAGCAGCAGGUGCGUCAGAUCCAGGAGGACAGUCUGAAGCUGCAGGCGGCCUACGCCGGCGACAAGGCCAAGGAAAUCACCAACCGUGAGGCCGAGGUGGUCAACGCCUGGCUCAACCUGCAGGCGCUCUGCGACGCGCGCAAAGCCAAGCUGGCCGACACCGGAGACCUCUUCAAGUUCUUCAACAUGUGCCGCAUCCUGAUGCUCUGGAUGGACGACGUCAACCGUCAGAUGAACACCACGGAGAAGCCCAGGGAUGUGAGCGGCGUGGAGCUGCUGAUGAACAACCACCAGAGUCUGAAGGCCGAGAUUGACACGCGCGAGGACAACUUCUCCGCCUGCAUCUCGCUCGGCAAGGAGCUGCUAUCGCGCAACCACUACGCAUCGCAGGAGAUCAAGGAGAAGCUGGUGCAGCUGAGCACUCAGCGCGGCGACAUGCAUCAGAAGUGGGAGGAGCGCUGGGAGUACCUGCAGCUCAUCCUGGAGGUGUACCAGUUCGCCCGCGACGCCGCCGUCGCCGAGCAGUGGCUCAUUGCGCAGGAGAGCUACAUCCAGAGCAAGGAGUUAGGCAACUCGAUCGACGAGGUGGAGAGCCUGAUCAAGAAGCACGAGGCGUUCGAGAAGUCUGCGUCUGCCCAGGAGGAGAGGUUCGCGGCUCUGGAGCGGCUCACCACGUUCGAGCUGAAGGAGCUGCACCGGCGUCAGGAGGAGGAGGCGGCCCGCCGCGCGGCAGAGGAGGCCGCCCGCGCAGAGGCGGCGCGCCGCUCCGCUUCCAGUCCGGACGAGACGCCGUCGGACGCGACGGACGCGCCGCCGGGCCCGGGCGGCGCCGGGGCGUCCGCCGCCGCGCCGGCCGCCGCCGCGCGCUCCCCCGAGGAGCGUCCCGAGCGGGCGAGCCGCGCUCAGCAGCAGGAAGCCUCCGCGAUGAGCCGCCCUGGCCGCUUCCGGCCCGAGGUGCCGCCCAUCCAAGCCGGCUCGUCCGCCUCCGAGAAAAAGAAGUCUCGCUCGCGCUCCAAGUCGCCGUUCCGCAGCUUCCGCUUCAAGAAGUCGAAGCCGCCGCCCGAAGUGGGCAGCGUCAGCGAUGACGAGGGUAACAUAGCUGCCGCCGCCGAGCGUCCCAGCCCCGGUGGAGAGGGAUCGCUCAUGGAAGGGUUCCUGCACCGGAAGCACGAGUGGGAGACCACCGUCAAGAAGGCCUCCAACAGGUCGUGGGAGAAGCUGUUCAUGGUGCUGCAGGAGGGCCAGCUGCUGGCCUACAAGGACCAGCGCGUCGCCAAACAGUCGCCAGACGCCAUGGCGCACGGCGAGGCGCCGCUGGAGCUGCGCGAUGCCAAGGCGGUCGUCGCCACCGACUACAGCAAAAAGAAACACGUCUUCAGACUCAAGCUGCCCACCGGCGGCGAGUACCUGUACCAGGCGCGGGAUGACACCGAGAUGAACCAGUGGGUGGCCGCCAUCGAGGAGGUCUGCGCCGCGCUCGGCGGAGCCGCCGCCGCGCCCGCCAAGUCGUCCAAGACGCUGCCCGCCUCCUCACACGACCCGGAGCCCAAGAAGCGCUCCUUCUUCACGCUGAAGAAGAAGUAGACGCCGCCAAGCCGCGCGCCGGCCGACCGGCCGGCCGACUCCGCUUCUGCGCCGCGUGUCGCGGCCGCGCGCCGCGCGUCUCUCUCGUUGUGCCCGUGUGUGCGCGCGCGCGUGUGUGCGUCGGUUCCGAGCACUGCCACCACGGGGGGCGGCGUGCCGCGUCACCCGCCGCCGCCGCCGUCGCGCCGUUGAUUUCUCGUUCGUUCUGAGACUAGCGGGGCGCCGUCGCAGCUGUCUGAUCGAUUCCUAGGCAUCUAAUACGGUAGCUGGCGCCGCCCGGCCGACUGGGGCGGCCCGAGCCGCCCGGCGGCGGCCGCCGCGCCGCGAGUAUGCACACGUUUUACAUAUACAUAUUGGCGUCAGGCGGCGCUGCCGGCCGCUGGCCGUGUGUGUGUGGGCGCGGCGCCCAGCCCGGCUUGGUGAAUGUCCGCGUCGCGGCAGCUGCUUCUGCAACUACGGCAUUCGGGGCACGCAGAGUGGGAGGGUGUGCGCGCCCGUCAGUGAGAGUGAGAGAGCGAGCGAGCGAGAAUCUAGUAUUUUACAUGGGAAAUUAUAUCGUCUCUAGUGUUCGGUCCUGUGUGCUCGAGGUGUCAGGCAUGCAAUAUAUUAAGUAGUGUUUGACUGGAUAGCUUGUGCGCCGGCGCGCUCCUGCCCCCGGUUCCCGCGCGGAACCGCUGAGGAGGCCAGGAACGGGGCUGGUCGCGCGGCGUGCUGGCGCCGCGCGCGCUGAGCUCGCCGCUAGUCAGACGGCCGCCCUCCCCGCCCCGGCGCCGCGCCGCGCACCUCCGCCCGCUGUACCUACGCCUAGAGCCCGCGCGCGGACCUCCACCUUUCGGUAGUGCAGCGUGUGAGUGGGUGUGUCUGCGGCAUGAGCCCGACUCUGGUGUGUCUGAGAACGCUUCAAGGACCUGGAAAUAAAUAAAUAACGGUGAAA